AUGUUCAAAGCCACAGCAACCACUCUCCUGGUCCUAGGAGCACAGCUAUGCACUGCCAUCAACUUCAGCGAUUGGGCACCACGUCCAGAUCUCCCUAAAGAGUUCAAGCCGUUCUUGGAAGCCCUCGUGAACGCAGCCGAAGCUCGUGAUGUAACCACUGGCUACACCGACUACUUCCCAGCGGACGGCAUGCAGACGACUCUCACGAUCCACUGCGUUGGCGCCAAUGGCAUUCAGAAAUGCAAGGAAGGCUUCCUCGCCAACGGACGUGACAUUGUGCACUUCCCCAACACCACCUUCGUCGUCUCCAACAACAACACCGCAACAGUCUAUGAGUCGCAAGGUCGUAUCGAGAUGACGUUCCCAGAGCCGCCUGGGAAUUGCUCGCAGCAGUACUACAAGACACAAUACACAGUCCUCAAGACGGACCAGACUGUUGAGGCUCUGCCUAAUUUGAGUCUCAAGCCAGAAGGACAGGUCUACUGGUACCACGACUAUUAUGUUGACCCGCCGACGCAGUCUACGGAUAUUGCUUGCGAUAGCAAGAAGUAG